UACAACAUUGUGGGAAGGAGAGAGAACAACAUAUUACCCAGAAAAGAAGACAGAGAAAGGACACACUGCUGUGGAAGAUAGAUACAGCAUUGCAGUAAGAGGAAUAAGAGACAAAAAGUACAGAGGCCGAGGAAGAAAGAAAUACAGCAUUGUAUGACAAGUAACAGAGACACGGAAUAACUGGUAGCGGAGGAAAGAGAAAACGUACGCGGGCAGAGGAAGAGAGAGAGUGCUAGUACACAGUCAGAGGAAGACGCGAGAGCUAGUAGAGUCAAAGGAAGAGCAAAAUACAGAAUUGUACUAAGAAGAAGAAGUAUGGACAACCGACUUGGCUUUUUACUUGUCUGCCUCAUCGUCAGAACCACUGCCAACAUGUGCAGGUUGAAUGAACGUCGUCAUUACUAUUGGCUCUCGACGUUUGACAACAUGGCCAUGACAACUCCAUCGAGUAUUGCCGAGUUUACAAAGAAGACUAAAGAAACAUGCGCACAAGCAUGUAACGACAACAGCAGCUGUGCUCUAUUCAGCAUCAACAGCAUCCGAGGCGAAUGUCGCCUGUUGCCUGCCUUCUUCCCUGCUCCCAUCCUAAGUCCCCUUCCUGGCGUCCGAUUCUUUUACCGUGGUUCAGAGGAAUGUCCCUACUAUAAAGGCUACAUAGCAUUGGACAACCCGCCAGGAUGUUACAGCACACGCUGGGUGAAGAAGAACUGGACUGAUGCUAAGACUGACUGUGAAGGAGAUGGGGGUCAUCUGGUCGUCCUGGAAGACAUGGCCAUUCGAAUGCGCCUUCUGAACGCAUUGCAAUACUUUCCAAAUGCCACUGAAGGUGUGUUUAUUGGCCUUGACGACAUUGCCGUUGAAGGGGAGUACGUGUGGGCAGACAGCAGGGUUCUUGUCAACUCCUUCUGGGCUCCAGACCAACCCGCAAAUUCAACGGAUGAAAACUGCAUGACCGUAUUCACUGACGGUCUCCAUGACGAGCGGUGCGAGCUGGCGAUGUAUUACGUUUGUCAGAUUGACAUUUAAUGAUUGAUUUUCACUUUCGGUGAAGUAGCUUGCGUACACUCGACGAACACCCAUACCUUCAAUCUAUGCAGGUUGUACAAAGCGAGUGCCAGAUCUAGACAGAAGAUUUUAUUUGUACGAAUCGACAAUCAUAAUACAGUGUAGUUGAGGGUCCUGAGUGCCUGGCAUUGAUUUAAACAUGAAUUGUAUGGGAAGGCAUUACUUUUGUAGAAUACACAGCUAAACGUAAUAAGGGCGCAUGGUAAUUAUGAUAUCUGCAUUUUUCAAACGUCUGUAUGAUUGUAUGUUAAAACCAGAAUUACCACAUCGAAAUUUCGUCAGUGCUCUACGCAGAUGAACAGAAGGUAGCACUCGUAGGUACGUUUCCGGCAUUAUAUCAAGUUUAUAGGUUGAAUAUGUGCGUAGAUAUUUGGAAGUAGUCACAGUAGCUGACCACUCUUGAUAAUAAAUAUAUUUACAUCUUUGCUUGAAUAUACACAUGAACAAUUAGAUACUUCCAACAUCUUUAACCAAGCAUAGGACAAGCCAUACUGGAACAACAUACUGGAACUUUCGCACCGCCAAGGUCCAAUUAACAUAUCGAGAAUCAUCUUUAAACGUUUUAACAUAAGAUCGUUUCGAAUUACGGUAAUCGGGCUAUCUGAGCAACCGUAUCCAAUACGAUAUUACUCUGGCAAAAUAAUUUACAUGUAGUGGAUAUAGUCCACAUUCAGUUAGGAUAGCUUUUGUGGGUGACCGGUAACCAAUUCGUAAGACAAAUUUACAAAUAGUUGAAUGUACCAUUUCAAUGUUGUGUCGAAACACUGUCCCCGAGAUUUCUGGCCGUACAGUAGGAUAGGCUGGAUUUUUCCAACAAAUAUUAUAAAAGCAAUCUCUGGAAGUACUGCUUUAAAGGCAUAGAUACAUUUCUUGAUUGGAUAUAGAGUUUCCUCGACUUGCUUGGAUAACAACACAACAUCAAAACCUUUAGAAAACAAAUUUCUAAAUGACAAAGUUAAUCCAAGACAUUUAUAUUAGUUGACAGUUUCAAGUUUCUCAUUACCAAUAUACUACUUUUAAUGCUUUGAUACGUUGCCACCUUGUUUGUAACUCUACGACCUUGGUCUUGUCGGUACUUACAGAGAGUCCCCACUUGUUGCAAUAGAUUUCUAAAAUAUCAAUUCUCAUUCAUAGCAUACAAACAUUGCAACAACAUCGGCAAACAGGAGAAUGGAAAGUGCGUAAACAGCUGCGUCAAUAAAUGCAAUGCUGUAGUCACUGUUCACGGUAUCUCUAAGUUCAUUAAUAUAUAGAAUGGAUAGAAUAAGGAUAAGCUGCAACCUUGACGGACUCCUGUCAUAGAAUAAAAUACAUCGGUCAUAGUUUGCUUACUGCACCGAAUAGCAGAUUUAACAUUGUUGUACAUAUAAGAAAGCAAGGUCAAGGCAGUGUCAGUUCAUAUGAAUUUAUUCACAUUACCGUUUUAUAUCUCAAAAAGACGUAAACUAAAUAGUAGUUAGUACGUGUGAUUUUGUGCCUGCACAGUUCUUCAAAAAAUCACCUGUAAGAUACACACCCAAUAAACGGUAUACGUGUCCUGGUCACAUCAGCAUCCUUUGCAGUAUUGAAGUAAUAUGAUCAGAUGAGAAAUGUGUGUUGAAACUACAUACUGUAUUGGUCCCCUGCAGGAACGCUACAUUCUUGGAAUGAGUAAUGUACCGCAGCUGUAAGAUGGGAUGAAAUGGGAUGAUGUUUUAGUAGAGGACAUGGCGUGUCGCGAGCCGGAUGGGCUGAAGAAGGUGAUCUGUUUCAAAUUUGGCUUGAUGCGAUGAAUUGGCGUUUGUUUAGAAUGCAAGUGGACGAUGAGUAAUGGGAUGCUGCGAAACUGAAUUGUAACGGAUGCUGUGCUGCUAUGUUAUGAUAUAGAUUGGUUGGUUUACAGA